AUGGGAGGAUCAAGUUCAGCCUCGCCCCUUCUGUCCAACUUCCCCAAAGUCCUCGGCAGUUGCCCUAGCAGCUCCUCCUCCUCUCCAAUCCAGAAUGCCAACAUGGUGACACCCCAGGAGUAUGAGCCCCCAGUGAUAGACCUGAGUCAGUCGUGUGCAGAGGCCAUAUACUGGGCCGCCAAAGAAUGGGGACUCUUCCAGGUGGUGAACCAUGGGAUCUGCAGGGAGCUGCUUGGGAAGAUGAGGAGGGAGCAGGUUAAGCUGUUCGACAACUCCUCCCGCACCUCCCCUGCCCAGUUCUCCUGGCCUGAGGCCUUCCGUGUCCCCCUCGCGAACAUUUAUGCCCGCUCUUGCUACGGCCAAUUCGCCUCUCUCGGAGGAGUGAUGAUGGAGUUGGCCCCCGUCAUGUCUAGGCUAGCCAGGACGCUGGCAGGGGUCCUAGCGAAGAACCUUGGGCAUCGGGGCUACAGCACGUUCAACGAGAGCACGUGUUCCCUCCAUCUGAACCACUACCCGGUGUGCCCGCUCUCGCCGGAGACGUUCCGGCCGGUGAACCAUGCGGACAGUGACUUCCUGACCGUUCUCUACCCGGAUAAGGUAGGAGGCAUCCGGCUCCGCAAGGACUCCCGAUGGGUCGUGUUCAAGCCCAAUCCUGACGCUCUCAUCGUCAGCAUUGGAGACCUUCUUCAGGCGUGGAGCAAUGACGUGUACAGGAGUGUGGAGCAAAAAGUGCAGACAAACAGCGAGGUGGAGAGAUACUCCGUUGCUUUCUCCCUCUGCCCUUCGCCCGAUUCUCAGAUCGGGAGCUGCAGAAAGCCCUCCGUCUACAGAAAGUUCACUUUUGGUGAAUACCGGAAGCAAGUUCAAGAGGACAUCAAAAUAACAGGCAGUAAAGUUGGUCUUUCACGUUUCCGGCUAACGGAAGGGAAUAUAUCAUCUGACGUCUCCACGGAGUUGGCGCUCUACGACGACCCGUGGAAGAUCAGGAAGAAGCUAACGAAAAGCGACCUCGACCAUCUGUCGCGGCUCCUGCUUCCGCCGGACUGCGUGAGGAUCCAUGUGCUCCGGUGGAUGAAGAAGGAAAUGGUGGGCGGGGUCCACAGCAAGGAGGGGAUGGAGGUCAAUGUGAUAAAAGAGCGCACAGAGGGCACAGAGGGCAAAGAUCAGGAGCACCGGCUCGUGUUCCGCUACUGGGCAUCGUCGGGGUGCUACGUGCUGAAUGGUGGCUGGAGCGAGCUGUUCGUCAAUGGGGGAGAUUUGAACGUCGGGGAUGAGAUCGGGAUGUACUGGAACACUAACUCUUGCAAGUUCCACUUUAAGGUCCUUAGGAAGGUUGCUUGCGGCACGAGCAACCCGGCUGCUUGA